AAAUUUUGUUUGAUAAGAUCGUGGGGAUGAUAUGAAAUGAAUGAAACUAUGAAGGUGCUUGAGGAGGAAUUAAACACAAAUGUGCAAUUGAUUUCAAUUAAAAAACAGGAAAAUAUUAUAACAACAAUGGAGUCGAUAAGCGAUAAUCAAGAGGAAAAUGAAGCUGAGAGUCACAUGAUACACUCGGAUGCUUUAUCCUCAGCCACCAAUACUACGGUUCAUAGUCCAGUGGCCCAGGCUUUAAGCCCCUUGGCCGCCUUGGGCCACAAUAGCAAUAGUAAUCAAAGUAAUGCCAAUUCGCCCCUAAGUACGGGUAGUAUAGGCAACAACAAUAACUCGGGCAACAUUACAACAUUUUCUAACAUCAGCAAUAAUAGUAAUAAUAACAACAACAAUACACAGCAGUCUUCAACAGUGUGUGCAAUAUGUGGUGAUCGUGCUACAGGGAAACAUUAUGGUGCUUCCAGCUGUGAUGGCUGCAAAGGGUUCUUUAGGCGCAGUGUGCGCAAAAAUCAUCAAUAUACCUGCAGAUUUGCCCGCAAUUGUGUGGUGGACAAGGAUAAACGUAAUCAAUGCCGCUACUGCCGUUUGCGCAAAUGUUUCAAGGCUGGCAUGAAGAAGGAGGCCGUACAAAACGAAAGAGAUCGCAUUAGUUGUAGGCGUACCUCCAACGAUGAUCCUGACCCCGGCAACGGACUCUCGGUGAUCUCUCUGGUUAAGGCCGAAUUGGAAAGUCGUCAAUCGAAAGCCGGUGCUGCCAUGGAAACCAAUGCCAAUGAAGAUCUCUCCACCAAACAAUUUGCCAGCAUCAAUGAUGUGUGCGAAUCAAUGAAACAACAGCUGCUUACUUUGGUGGAAUGGGCCAAACAUAUACCAGCCUUUAAUGAGCUGCAGUUGGAUGAUCAGGUGGCCUUGUUAAGGGCCCAUGCCGGUGAGCAUUUACUGCUGGGCUUGUCCAGACGUUCAAUGCAUUUAAAAGAUGUUCUGUUGCUGAGCAACAAUUGUGUUAUAACCAAACAUUGUCCGGUAGAUCCGAGGGUAUCGCCAAAUCUGGACAUAUCACGCAUAGGAGCGCGCAUAAUCGAUGAACUGGUUAUGGGGUUGAAAGAUGUUAACAUAGAUGAUACAGAAUUGGCGUGCAUCAAGGCUUUGGUGUUCUUUGAUCCAAAUGCUCGCGGCUUAAAUGAACCACAGCGCAUCAAAACUUUGCGCCAUCAAAUUCUAAACAAUUUGGAGGACUAUGUAUCCGAUCGCCAGUAUGAAUCGCGAGGACGUUUUGGAGAAAUUUUACUUAUUUUGCCAGUUUUGCAGUCAAUAACCAUGCAAAUGAUCGAACAAAUACAAUUUGCCAAAAUCUUUGGUGUAGCGCACAUUGAUUCAUUGCUGCAGGAAAUGUUAUUAGGAGGAGAGUUAGCGGAUAAUAAUGCCCCCUUGACACCGCCAAAUCUAAACAAUUAUGGUGGCCACGGUCUAGAUGUCAGUCAAGUGACCUCCACAUUGGAUGUGCUGUCAUCGCCCACGAGUACACAUCAUUUGUCUCACGAUACCAUGUCCAGUUGUAUGGAUAGUAGUUUAGAUAAUCAAUUAAUUCCACCAUUAAUGGACGGUUCUUCGGUUAAUGGCCACUUUAGCUUGUGUGCUCCCCCACUGUCCAAUCGCUCACACAAUGUUACGUCAGCUGCUGGCCAGCAUAAUCAACAAAUGCGCCGGGACAAUAAUUCGCCAAUGCUCAAUGAAAAUGAGCGCCUGGAGGUGGAUGAGCAAAGCAGACAGAGCAAUUAUAUGGACUCAUAUAGCAAUGGCAGAGCCAGUGUAAACUCUUUAAAUAACUCUUCAUUACUGGGACACUUGCAACAGUCUAACAUGACGCCACAUCAAUCGCCCCAUUCGCCGCACAAUCAAAACUCUAAUCUAAAUCAGGGUACUCUACAGCACUCACACAACUCUAAUCGCAAUCAUCCCUACCAAAGAUCCGAUAAUACUAAUGACACCACAAAUGGAGGCAAUAAUAACACUGUGUUGCGCAAUCCCGUGGAAAUGACCUUAAAUGAAUACAAUCGCAGUGCGGAAGGCUCCUCAGAUGAAAUGCUAAGAAGGGCCUCUUUAAAAAUAAGACCUUCCGAGGCCUUAACUGCUAUACCGCCAAAUUUGCCUCCCACCACCAGCACUCCCACCUCCUCCAGUUACAUGCUCAACUCCAUGCAUGAUGGUGACUCCUAUCGCAUGGCUUUGAAACAGGAGCCAGAAACCGGUUACUAACUAAAAAAAGGCCUUAAUAUUUAGAUUUAAAAUUCAAAAAACAAAAAUAUAUUUCCUGAUCUUCCUUGUUAGAUUUUCUUGAAGUCUUUAUUAAUUCUAAGUUUUACUUUUAAUUUUGUUGGCUAAUUUAAGUUUUCUCUAAAUUUAAAUUUUCUUUUUCUAUUUUCUUAUUUUGUUAAGGAAAAUUAUUAAAUAAUUUUCUUUUUUUUAAAAAAAAAAACAACGUAUCUUUAAUUUUAUUAUUAGUUAUGGCUGUAGUUCGGUAGUUAGGUUUGUUUGUUAAUAAAACUUUUCCUUUUUUUCUGGAUAUUUGUUGCUAAUUAAUUAAUUAAUUAUUAUGAAUAAUUAUUUUUAGUUUUUAAGUGAGUUUUUCUUUUUUUAUUGCAAUUUACUUUAAAGUCUUUGUAAGUAAAUUGGCAGUUUUUAUUUAGGAUUUUGGUAAAAUUUUAUAAAUUUAUUAAAGCAUUUUAUCAUUUAUUUUUUAGUUUAUUUUCAUUAUUUUCUUAACUUUAGGGUGUGAUGAAAUUAUAUGAAUUAUGUAUAUAAUAUAUAUAUAAAAAAACAGUUUUCUUUUGUAUAAAAAAAGAUUUAUAAAAUAUAUACAUAUUUCAAAGAUUAUUUUUUGAAAAAAAAAAUAAAAA